AUGGAGAAGUCAAAGAGUGUGAUUAUUGUCGGUGCUGGUGCUGGUGGUAUUGCAAGUGCAGCACGCCUCGCAAAAGCUGGCUUUCGAGUUACGGUCGUGGAGAAAAACGACCACAGUGGCGGACGAUGCAGCUUAAUCAACUGGGAUGGCUACCGCUUCGACCAGGGACCAUCUCUUCUUCUACUACCGGAUCUCUUCCAAGAGGUCUUCCACGAUCUCGACACCUCGAUAGAGGCAGAAGGCGUAGAGCUGCUCAAAUGCGAACCCAACUACAACAUCUGGUUCGGCGACGGCGAGUCAAUAGAGCUCUCCACCGAUACCGCGCGUAUGAAGAAGGAGGUUGAGAAGUGGGAAGGCAAAGACGGCUUUGAAAGAUACCUGGCUUGGAUGAAGGAGGCGCAUGUUCACUAUGAGGCCAGUAUCACAUACGUGCUGCGCCGAAACUUCACAAACCUGCUCAGCAUGGUUCGUCCGGACUUUCUCGGGUAUUUGGGUGCCCUGCAUCCUUUCGAGAGUGUUUGGGCUCGCGCUUCCAGGUAUUUCUAUACGGAGCGAUUACGCCGAGCCUUCACAUUCGGAAGCAUGUACAUGGGUAUGAGUCCUUUCGAGGCACCGGGCACAUACAGUUUGCUGCAGUAUACUGAGCUGGCUGAGGGCAUAUGGUAUCCUCGUGGAGGCUUCCACAAAAUUCUUGACGCCCUUGUCAAGGUGGGCGAACGAUUCGGAGUCGAAUAUCGAUUCAAUACCUCCGUUUCACAAGUUGUUGUCGACGAAAGAAACAAACGUGCCACUGGCGUCAGGUUGCAAAGUGGCGAAACACUAAAUGCUGAUAUUGUCCUAAUGAACGCGGAUUUGGUUUACGCAUACAAGAACCUACUGCCACCCUCUGCUACAGCCACAGCACUUGACAAGAAGCCAAGCUCAUGCGCAAGUAUCUCCUUCUACUGGGCUAUGGAUACCAUAAUAUCACAACUGCACGCGCACAACGUCUUCCUCGCAGAUGAAUUCCAGGAUAGCUUCGACGAUAUUUUUAAACGACAAUUAAUACCGAAAGAGCCCUCGUUCUACGUACACGUACCUGGCCGAGUCGAUGAGAGCGCUGCUCCAGCUGGUAAAGAUAGUGUUGUCGUGCUUGUGCCUUGUGGUCACCUUUUGGAGGGUGAGGCAAAGGCAGGAUUGAAUCCCAGCUCAUUACAAGACUGGGAUGCUAUGAUUUCAAAAGCCAGAGAUUCUGUUAUUGCCACCAUCAAGGCACGAUGUGGUGUGGAUUUGAGGCAGCACAUUAUAAACGAAAUGAUCAACACACCCGCUUCGUGGAAGGACAGAUUCAAUCUGGACAAGGGAGCUAUCCUAGGACUGAGCCACUCUUUCUUUAACGUUCUCAGUUUCCGACCCAACACCAAGCACGACUCCAUUUCCGGACUUUACUUCGUGGGUGCGAGCACUCAUCCUGGUACUGGUGUUCCGAUCGUACUGGCAGGCAGCAAGAUCACUUCCGACCAGAUAUUGGACGACUACGGCAUGAUCAAACCUUGGAGUCCAGGUGCACAUAAGAGGAAGAUUGUCAGCGAACUGGAUGUUGAAGGACCAGUAUCGUUCGACCUUGCUCGGACCUUGCUAGGCUUUUUGGUGUUUUUGAUAUUAGCGGUUUUGUACUUCAAGCUCCGUUGA